AUUAUUAUUAUUAUUAUUAUUAUUAAAGGAGUCUGUUCGCAAGAUAGGACUAUAUCGGUGAGCAAGGCCGAAGAGGGGGAACUGGAAAAGAAAGCCGCGUAUAGAGGAUAUAACCCCUCCCCCUUCUUCCUUUAUCCCCUGCCUUUCUCCUCCCCCAUCAGUUCAGUCUUCCGGCCCUCUUGGCCUCCUUUCUUUGCGGAAAUGACUACCAUUCUGUAGACUCGAGAUACGAAGCAUGUUCUUUGCAGAAAUGACUACCAUUUAGAGAGAGUUAAUAGUAUUCCUGGGGUUUUUUAAACCUCUGUGCACGCGCGCGAGAUGAGAGGUUAAAUAACAGGAGCGGAUCAAAGGCGUGGUGAGGGUGACAGCCUCCGACUUAGAUUAGUUUUGGCUGAUAACCAAAGUAAACUGAUCCAUAUUAGAUGUGUUAAAAAAAACUGUAAGGAGAAAGAGAAAUAUUCUCGGCUCUUGAUCAGCCUUGCAUCUUUUCAAAGUUUGUUUAAUUUAGUUUGCUUUUUGCUAAUUCAAGAGGUCCUUGCUUGUUCAACACAAAGCAGUUCAGUAAGGGCUUAAAUUCUUAACGGACGUGCUAGAUGGAUAGCACUAACCCGUUUUUGUUUGCUGUAGCAUCAGAAAAUAACUGGCCUCUAUAACCCUCAAUAGAAAUGCCCGACGGGGAGGAACAGGCACAAGAUAGGAGUCUUCCAGCACUAAUGGGGACUUUCCUUUUGUUUCUUUGUUUGCAAUACCGAGUCUAUACCGAAACAAUGAGGAAAAAAAAUAAAUCAUUUACAAGAAUGGACAAAUUUCUUUUUCUAUUUAAUUCUUGACCUUGAGAGGAAAAGUACUCAAAGCUGAGAGAAUACUGAAACUAGUUAUAGUAGUCGACAGAUUCAUCUUCAUGCUUGUCGUUCUUCCCCGCGGUGACAGACAAAAACGAGGCGGCAUUUUUUAGCUCUUUUUAAAAAGCCUUUACGGGAUGACAAAUGUGUUCUUAUCUCUAAAAAGAAUUACGCCAUCAAACAGUAAAAUAAUAAAGGAAAGAAAAUAACUAUAAAAACACACUGCUCUGAAUUGAAAUAACAGUGUUGAAAAGCCAUAGAAAAUUUAAUUAAUCUAACAGAAAAGACAAGCUGGGAAUACAAUUAGUGAUAGUAAAUUGUAAAACAGAUUCCAGUCUUGAAACAUAACACGGCUUUUGACGACCCAUAUCUGAGAUAAAUGAGAGAAGGUGAAGUGACAGUAGUGGAUGUUUAUAAAGUUAAAGACUGCGCUCGGGAUAUUUCCGGUAUUUUUUCUGCUCGCGUGCAGGGUCACCUGGCUAACAUACGACAGGUAUUUGCAAAAGAGAGAAAAUGCUCCUGUUUCUUCAUCUUUUGAUGGUUGGCCUUCAAGUUUUUAUUCCUCAGGUGUCCUGUGAUUUUCAGAACGACAAAAGGCUUCUGGAGGAAUAUAACAAGUUUCAGCAAAUUCCACCGGCAAUGACCACAAGCAACAGACUUCAGAUGCACUUCUUCACUCAAACUGACAGCUCUCGCUUGAAAAGACAGCUACGCGGUUAUUACGACAUCAUUUACAUCAUCGACUCCUCAAGUUCAAUCAGCCAUGCAGAAUUCCGUAAGGGAAUCAAGGCCAUUCAAAUGCUGAUUGACAAGGGAGCACCGGAAACUCUGCAUGCAGCUAUCACAGUAGCCACUCAUGCGCAGCCCGCUUUUACUUUCACUUCCGGUGAAAAGGCCAAUGAAAAACUGGAGGAGUUGCAAAGAACAGGAGGAAAAACAAACACGCAAGAGGCCUUGGAGAGAAGCUUACAGAUGUUUCAAAAUCCCGGCACAGGAGCCCGCGUGGGAAGCUAUAGGCGUGUUCUUAUUGUCACCGAUGGUCAAUCGAACAUAAAACGGGAAAGAACACUAUGGAAAGCGAUGGAUCUGAAACUCAAUGGAGCCGAGAUCUUUGUGAUCGGAAUAGGAGAAUACGUGGAUGGAAUUGACGAGUUGGCACAACUUGCUACCACGUUAGAUGCACAUUUAUACCGAGCCGGGGACAUGCAAGGACUUGUUGAAAUCGUUAAACUCAUCACCCCCGUGAGUUACAGACGGGACUGGGCAGCAGAGAUCAUGAGACUGAGACAGGCAUUCAUUCUGGGACGAUUUUAGGUACAGCUACUAACUCAGUG